AUGUCGUCACGCCAGGUUAAUCGGCCGACAAACAUCAAGCAGCGGGAUGAGGAUAUUGGUCGGAAACUUCAGCUUUAUGGAAUCGCCAACGCCUUUGGGCUUGGAAAAUUGCCAUCAAAUGAUCAGAUUGACACUACCUUAAACAGCCUUCUUUCUUCCAAAGCACUCUCAAGUCCUUCGGGGAAACUUUCUCCUGAGGGCCGAGCCUUGGUGGCCGAAUUUCGAGACGUUGUCAGCCAGGCGAAGUACCUGGUUCUAUCAAAGAACCAGGGAAAUCUACUUCAGGACUUCAUCUGGCAGACUAGCAACCAUGACUACAAGAGCAUACAGGCGCCUGGCUCUUCCGUCGACAAGGCAGUGGCAAAGACUGAUGGCGACCAGGCUCUUCAGGGCCUCAAAACGGUCGGAAACUUGGUCAUCACCAACGGGCAAUUUCGCAAGCUGUUGAAAGAUGCUUCUAUCAUCAUUAGAGACAUGGCUGCCGAUGGAGCUACUAAGUUCACUUCCAAGGUUAGACCGGGAGAAGAUGAUUUGGCGCAAAUCGAUGCGCCUGCCGCGGACAACACCUGGCAUGAAGCGCCGAAUUUCUCCAAGGAGAACAUGAGGAGCCGUGCACAGGCCGUCUAUAAGAAGAAGAACAACUCCGUCGAUGUCCCCGUUGGUGAUACUACGGAUGCGCCUGCCGCCGAUGGGGUCGACCAGGUGGUGGAAAAUAAGACUUCCAACUACCGCAGUCGUGGCAGGGAUUACCUUAGUACCAAAAUUCCCCAAGAGCGUAGGGACCAAGUCGUUUGGCGCCUAAAAAAAAUGGUCAUCGAGUGUCAACAGCACCCAGACUAUCAGCAGGCAGUCCAAACACUGCUCGACCUCGCCGAAAAAUACCAGGGCCACGCCCAAACAACGGCUUCAAGCUCUGCGUCAACUGUUCAGGGCGCCAGAUCAGCAUUGGCCAAGGCGGAGGCCGACUUGAAAACCCUCAUAGAGAGGUUCGCCAAUGGAACUUCGACUAACGGUCUCUGGGAUUCCAUCGGCGCCAUCUAUGAUGCAGCCAAAAUAGACCCCGAAUUGAAGGGGUGGUUCAGGGCACUCGAUCAAUACAUUCGGCGCUGCCUUCAGGAGAAGGGGUACAUCUUGGAGGAGAGCUCGACAAGUGACUGGGACAAAAUAUAUGAUCAUGGGAAAUAUCUCCUCAGGGGCAAAUACAACUCCCAGACAAACCGUGUUCUCGACGAGGUCAAAUUCGUCGGUGAGCAAUUCGAUAAGGACCCUCAAAACAAGGCAUUUGGCGAGUCUGUGAGAAGACUGCUUAUCGACCUGGGCAACGAUGAGAACGGGAAGCCAAAGUUCAAGCCCCAUCUUGUGAAGGACCUCACAAAUGUCAUCAUCCCGACCGCCCUGGAGAACAUCUCGUACAUUCCAAUUCCGCGAAUUGAGUACUCCGACCCUCAGAUUGAUGCCGUCAUCGAGAACCUCGUGUUUGAGAGCGACAAUUUCAUGCCGAACAUGGUACAUAUUUUCAACAGCAACAACAUGUCCUGGGGCCGCAAGAUGACAAAGGUCGGCAAGAACAAGCACACUGUACAGGUGAAGGUAGCUGGCAUUCAGACAGACCUCCGUAACGUCAGCUACUAUGUGAAGCGAAAGCAGGGGUUUCCUUCACUCACGGACAUUGGAAUAUUCAGCGUCUUGAUGGCCGGACAUGGCUUCAGCUUUCAACUGGGCCUGAGCACGGCUGAUGCUGUCGACGCACAGCAUUUCUUCAAGGUAGACAGCGUACACGUCGACAUUGACUACCUGAAAAUCAAGCUGCACAAGUCCCGUCACAAGAUGCUGUUCAAUCUCUUCAAGCCUCUUCUGAUGAGGAUUUUGCGGCCGACGUUGCAGAAGGUCCUAGAGAAGGCUAUCAGAGACAACUUUCACAAGUUUGAUGCGGCCCUUUACGAUAUCAAAAAGGAUGCCGAUCGGGUUGGCAAGGCAGCAGAGGGUGAUCCCGACAGCCCGACUCCGAACUCAUAUAGCCGUUUUUACCAAGCCGCCCAAAAGCGGUUCACCGACAACAAGCAGCAGAAGAAGAAGGCUGCAGCCGGGAAGAAAUCGGACCAAAAGAUGAAUUAUGCCUUCACCAAGGAGGACAGCAUUUUCCCCAACAUCCAGCUGCCUGGCGGUUUCAGCUCCAAGGCGACCGAAUUUAGAGAUAUGGCCCGGCAAGGCGAGGCAUGGCACAGCCCUGUCUUCGCUCUCGGGUCGGCGUCUAGAAGCAAGGACAUUCCUGCAGCUCCUAAGGUUGAAAGGAAAGCCAUCGCCACGUCGGCGGGCAGCACGGGCAAUAAUGCAGCCUAUGGCAUCAAUGACACGGACUUCGCCGAAAUCAGUCCGAAUGCUACAGCGUCUACGGCGGCUGGCACAGUGUCCGACGCGGCUGACACUGCCUCCACCGCGGCCUCCAAGAUGGGUGGCACAGCGCCCUCCGCGACCAGACAGUUUUAUCAGUGA